AUGGGUUCUUCGACCAGGACCAGUACAGAUACAUCUGCAUACGCAGAGACAACGCCUCUUCUCGGUCCCGAACAGAGUGAUACAAGCUCCAAUAUGUCUAAGGCUAACUCGGAAAUCACAAGCAAGCAAGUCCCUGACGAACAGAAAGUCAUCCAACCGUCAGCAGCGUCUUCCACCGACGGAGGCGAUGAGAAGAACCCGUUUCUUGACCCAGAGGUCUCUGAAUACUGGCGGCAGGCAUAUGAAAAGUCUCAAUAUGAGUGUCGGCAUGUGUUUGAUCCGACUCUGACGUGGUCAAAAGAGGAGGAAAAAAGAUUGAUUCGACGACUAGACUGGAGGAUAUGUUUGUGGGCGUGUGUUAUGUUUUUUGGUCUCCAAGUGGACCGGGGUAAUCUUACUCAGGCCGUAUCUGAUACAUUUUUGGACGAUCUUGGGCUGAAUACGAAUGACUAUAACUGGGGCAACACGGUCUUUCGCCUAUCUUUCUUGCUGGCUGAGCUUCCCUCACAGCUGGUAUCGAAAAAGAUCGGACCCGAUCGAUGGAUCCCAACCCAGAUUGUUCUAUGGUCAAUAGUAGCCAUUUCGCAGUGUGCCUUGACUGAUCGGAGAUCAUUUCUGGUUACACGCUCCUUACUUGGUAUUCUUGAAGGCGGUUUUAUCCCAGAUAUCGUGCUCUGGCUAUCUUACUUUUAUACCUCUGAUGAACUGCCAAUCCGCCUAAGCUUUUUCUGGACCAGUUUGUCCGUUACUUCGAUCGUUACGUCGCUUCUUGCCUUUGCCAUUUUCCAUCUCAGUGGCGUCAAUGGUUGGGCUGGUUGGCGAUGGCUUUUCCUCAUCGAAGGACUUAUAACCCUCUCUAUUGGACUAGGAUCUUUCUUCAUGAUGCCGGCCUCGGUCGUUCAGACUAAAACUUGGUUUAGACCUAAUGGGUGGUUCAGUGAUCGCGAGGUUUCCGUUGCUGUGAACCGAGUCUUGCGUGAUGAUCCCUCAAAAGGAGAUAUGCACAAUCGUCAAGCUAUUACUCCACGACGUUUAUGGAAUGCAGCAACGGACUACCAUCUGUGGCCAAUUUACUUGAUCGGGUUCAUGGCUUAUAUUCCGCAGUCCCCGCCAAACACGUAUAUCACGUUGACAUUGCGUUCCGUGGGAUUCAGCAAGUUCACUACAAACCUACUCGCCAUUCCAGCUAGUGUCUUCCAUAUCGGUACCCUACUUGCACUCACCCAGCUGUCUGGAUGGCUCAAUGAGAGAACGUUGGUUUCUAUGCUUCAACCCAUCUGGACCUUGCCUUGUAUCAUCGCUUUGCGUUUCUGGCCAAAUGUGAUUGACGAUGCAUGGGGGACGUAUGCAUUAGUCACAGUAAUUCUCAGUUAUCCCUAUUGUCAUGCAAUUGUCGUUGGAUGGACUUCUAGAAACUCGAACAGUGUUGGUGCACGAUCUGUAUCUGCUGCGUUAUACAACAUGUCUGUCCAAGUCGGGGACAUCGGCGCCUUUUUCAUCUAUCGAGAAGACGACAAACCCAAGUAUCAUCGCGGAAAUACCAAUCUCCUAAUUAUAAACAUUGUCGUCAUUUUCAUAUUCCUCGGCGCAAAAGCUUACUAUGUUUAUCAAAACAAGAGGCGCGAUCGUGUCUGGGAUUCAAUGACUGAGGAAGAACGUAACUACUACAUUAAGAAUACGAAGGAUCAGGGUAGCAACAGGUUGGAUUUUAGGUUUGCACACUAA